GUACACGCUUGCGAAAAUCUUACUCGACUUGUGUCGGAAAUCAAACAACUCCUCAUUCUGGGCGAUUUCCACUGGCUUGCUCUGACCACUGCAUCCGCGAGUGAGGAGUUGCGCAAACGUCGUGCUGAUCUAGAUCGUGUCAGCUCCCGUCUUCGAGACAAACUGGCAGCGGAUCUGUACGCCAUCGAGGAGGAAUGCGGCACUCCGCUAGUGCAAUCCCCCGCUCAAUCUACAACAGCCUCGGCGUCCUCGCAUCCGGACGCGUUGAGUGGCAACGCGAGCAAUCCAAUGACCGCGACUCCCCUCUCUUUGUCAAGUACAAAGUUUAAAUGA